CUCUUCUCCAAACUUGCUUUCUUCCCAUUUAACUUCUUUGACUUUCUCUCUCCUACAAACUCAACCACCCAAGAUGGCAGCAGCGGAGGCGGCAACGGCAACUGUAGUAGAACCGGUAACAAUAACCAUCGCCGACGCAAUAUCAAAUCCCGAUCAGAACCUCUUCGAUGUCCAUUUCAACCGCAACCACCACAUCCAAACCACCGUGACCUCCGACCCAUCCGUCGUCGCAUCCUGGCUCUCCUCUCUCCCCUCCUCUACCACCACCUCUCCUCUCAUCGUCGGCCUCGACAUCGAAUGGCGCCCCAACUUCGGCCGCGCUUACGACAACCCCGUCGCAACCCUCCAACUCUGUACCUCCGCCAAUCAAUCUCUCUCCUCCACCUGCCUCAUCUUCCAAAUCCUCUACUGCCCGCCCCCAAUCCCAAAACCCCUCUCCGAUUUCCUCUCAAGCGAUAACAACGUUUUCCUCGGCGUGGGGAUUGGAUCAGACGUUGAACAACUCCUCGUAGAUUACGAUCUGAACGUGAAGAACACCGUCGAUCUGGGGAAGCUUGCGGUUGAGAAGCUUCCAGGUGUCAGAAAAGGGAUGGGGUUGAAGGAAUUGGCAAGGAUUGUGAUGGAAGUUGAAGUUCAGAAGCCGAAAAGAGUGACACUGAGUAGGUGGGAUACUGAAUGGCUAAGUUAUCCUCAGAUUCAAUAUGCUUGUAUUGAUGCUUACUUGUCUUUUGAAAUUGGCAAGAAAUUAUUAGCUGUUAAUUCGUCUUAAUUAUCACUAGUUCUAUGUAAUUAGCGAUAUAUUUUUAGUAACUUUCAGAAGUUUACUUAUAGGUUGUGAUUGAAUCUAUUAUGGAAGGAGUAAUUUUAGUCUUGUUUUUUUUU